GUGGUGUUGUCGCCCAGAGCCAAACGCUUCGUCGAGCUCAUAUCCCUGCAUCAUCGUCGGCAUGCUUAUCUAAUCUCGGUGAGCAUCCCCGCAUCUCCAACGGAGCCCCCCUUAUCUCUCCCGAUAAUGCGGACCGGGGUCCUCGGCGGCGAGUCGGAGGACAUUUUUGUUGGAACCUGCAUCUACCAUCACAUCAGUCGUCCGAGCAUGAUCUCAUGGCUCUCCCACCAGACCAUGACCGCGACGUAGACCCACAAAUCAAGCAACAUGACCGGCAACGGGACCCGGAGCCGAACCGGAUGUCUAGACUGUCGGCGGCGGAAGCGAAGGUGCGAUGAAGGGAAGCCAAAGUGCGCGAGCUGUCGCAAGCACGGCGUCGCUUGUGUCAACAGCCGGGUGUAUGUCCCCAGCGAGAGAAAUCUCUUUAGGACGUGCGUCAUGCCCAUCCUCCUCAACAGCAGCGGCUCUCUCUUUUCUACCGUCCUGGCACUGAGCGCGGCGGAAAUGGUCCGGAGGACCCCGCAAGAUGGGGUGGACUAUGCCGGUGCAGCCAUUCGAUACAAGAUCAACGCCUUGACACAGCUGCAGUCGAAGCUCGACACUGCUAUCGAGGCAGAGGAGAAUCUCCUAACCUGCGUGCUCCAGGCCUCCUUGGAGAUAGCUGAAGGGUCUCGUCCGUCGUGGUUGAGGCAUCUACGGGGUGCUCUGGCCAUCAUGGAUGCCCACAGUGACUGGAUCACGCCCGAAUGUGCCGCGCUCGUUCUUCAGUAUUUUCGGUUUCGAUACAUUUUGAUGAAGACGACCGGAUGCAAAGCGCCGCAUCCUGAUGGACAGAACGACGACUGUGACGAGGCUAUCGGACGUCUCGAGCGGCUCUUGCCAGGUCAAGGAACGAUCCAGACAAUUGACCCCCAAAUCGGCUGUUCGAUGGAGCUGGUUCAAUUAAUCAGCAUGGUCUCGGCAGCGGCUCGGAAGGAUGAUGGAUACUCGGAAGAGGGAUCACGUCUUGAGAGACGCAUUCGGGAGUUGGACUUCUCCGCUGAGAGCACGCACGACGACUACCUCGUCAAAAGCGCCGAGUGCUUCAGGUUCGCUGCUCUGAUAUACCUCCAGUUGACACUUUAUGGCGCUACUGUGCGGACUCGGGCGAUCCCGCAUUUAUUGCAGACGCUGCUGAAUCGUCUUGGCGAGGUGAUUGUCGAGGAUCAGCCCAGGCGAUCAUUCCCCAUGUGGCCGCUGUUCAUCGCUGGGUGUGUCAGUUCUAGUGACGCACAUCGCAAGGCUGUUCUUGACUUGUUCAAUCUGCUGGACAGCAAGUGGCCCAUCAGUAACAUUUCGACGGUGAAGAGGGUCGUCUGGACAAUCUGGCAGACGCGGGAUUUCGACAGCGGCGGUGCGACGUCCGCAGAUCAAGACUGGCAGGAGAUUAUUGACAAGUUUGGAUGGAAGCUUUCUUUGUCGUAGGGGGGGGUGAAGAGUAAGAUCUCGGUUGGACGUUGAUGAGGUGAGGUUGAGACUGGGAGGUAGAGCACGUGGACAACAAGUGUGACUGUUUUGUGCAGCCGAGGAAGGGGAAAUUUGAGGUAGACUCGUGCCUUCCCAAGCAGUUCAACGAGAUCCAGGUGUUUCAUUUUCCCCUUCUUCCUCGGACAGCUUCUUUCCCACACACCUUGCCUCUUC